AUGAGAAAUUUUGUCGAGAACAUGGCAUUAUGGGCUGAUAUAACAGAUCCUCAGCGGCAUUUUGAGACAGAAGUCUCCGUCCGAGCCUUCAAGGAGCCAGUCUUACGUUACGCUAUAUUCGCCUUUUCUUCCCGCCACAUGAACCGGAAAGACAACAGCGAUGCAACUGAGGCACUUCAGCAUCACAAUUGUUGCGUUCAGUUGCUGAUACCGGCGCUUUCCGGACCUCGCGAUAGUAUUACGGAGGACAUACUCGCUGCAGUGGCCAUUCUCCGCCAGCAUGAGGAGAUGGAUGGGGAGGACAACCUUUUCCACCUGACCGGUACAACCCAUAUUCUCAACACGGUAUCCACGUUUGGAUCCUCGGGUGGUCUGGGGGAGGCUGCAGCCUGGCUUUGUCUGCGCCAGGAUAUCUACAUCUCGCUGACCAACCAACAACCCCUGCGAACUAAUCUGCACAGUUUCCACCAUUCGGACGUAUUUCAAAGAACCGAUGACUUUGCAUGGUCGAGCCGAAUGGUCUUCCUACUCGCAAAAGUUGUCCAGAGCGCUUUUACCGACUCCGCCCUGGCACACGGCGUCCAGCAAGAGAUAGAGGAGUGGAAUUCUAACAAACCCGACACCUUUCAUCCCGUUCGAUCGGCUCCGCGAGGUCCAGAACUGGACCGGCGCUUCCCGACGAUUUGGAUGUUGCUACCCGUGCACGUCAUUGGCAUCCAAUACUAUCACAUUGCCAAGAUACUCUUGGCGCUCUCCGAGGCACCGCGGGCGCAUUCAGCCUAUGAGAGCUUGCGCCACUCUCGGCUAGUGGAGAAACAUGUUCGCCAUCACCUGCUCACGGUGCUGGGGCUGGCGCAGUCAAACAGUAAAGCCGAGAACACGUUGUUUACUGCACGACAUAGCCUAGUGGCAUGUGAGUUGUCGAUGAUCCCCCGGGUUUAG